AUGUUCCGUGCGGGAGCAGAUCUUAGUGACACUAGCGGCGAUGAAGACGAAGUGGUCCCAGCACGGGUCGGUGAAGCCGCUGGUCGAUCGAUCGGACCAGAAAUUGAUGAAGAAGGGGAAGGAAGCCAUUUUAGAAGAGCGAUGUUAGCUAGAGUGAUAAAGCAGAACCAAGAGAACGCAAAUGGCGGUAUUCGCCGUACGACUAGCUCGAUUGCAAGACUCUCAAUGGCUAUACGCCGCUCAUUACGACUUCCAAGAAGAUCAGAGGCCAGAAUGCAGAAAGAGAGAGAAGAGAGAGAACAAAGGAAGUUGAUGUUGGAAGAUGAGGACUUUGACGCCCCCUACUUCUCGAAGAAUACAAGGCAGACUCAUAUUUUGCCGUCAUCAGUGCCAAGUCGGAUCGAAGAAAUCAAAGAGAACAAGAGGUUGAACCGUCCUGACAAGGUCAAGAAAAUACUUCGUAAAACUGAUUGGCCGGUAACCCACGAGGCUCGUGGAUCCCUUUGGAAGGAGUUGUGCAGCAACAAAGAUUUCAACAGCAGCCGAUUGCUUUAUCGAGAUGAGCUUGCUGAGCUCGAGAGAAUCAAUCAAGGAAAACCUAUAACUCCUUGUGUUUUGACGGAGGACGGAGCGGUUGUGAACAACUUCGACCUUAGGGAACAAGGAACCCUCAAAUUGGUUCGCCUUCUUACAGUUAUUGAGAGACUUCGCCCGGAAAUUGUCUAUGCACCACUUAUCUAUCCAAUUUGCGCUCUUCUUCUCCAUUUCAUGGACGAUGACGCUGAUUGCUUCGCUUGUGUCAAUUAUUUGUUGAGCAACAAAGGUUAUAUGAUGAUCACUCCAAUUCAAUGGGCUGCUUCAUCGCGAACCAUCCUUAGCCUUGUUAAGAAGCACAAGUCGUUUGCGUACAAUAUGUUGAAGAAGCGUAUUGGAACAUCUGACGACACAGUUCUAGUCAAAUGUGUCAGCGAUUGGCUUAGCUGGAUCUUCCAGUGUUUGCCAUUGGCUUACGCAUGCAGAGUCGUUGACUGCUAUGUGGCUGAAGGACAUAAGUUUUUGAUACGUUCUGCAAUCUCCAUUAUCUAUAUAUGGUCUAAGAUUCAGAAGAGCAUCAAAAAUCAAGAUUCAGAAACCGCCAACAUGACAAUUGACGAUAAGGUUGAUGCUGUGAAAAGAGAGCUUAGAGAUACUGCAACUCAUAUUGAGUUCCAAAUCAGCACCAGCACAUUUAUGGCUACGGCAGUGAAGAUUCGCAACUUACAAUCAUCAACUAUUUCCCGCCUUCAAACGCAAUAUGAAGACGAGCUUCGUUCUGAAUCUGCUCAACCUAGACCAAUUAAGAAGGUUCGAAGAACUAUUUUCUGCGAAGCAUUCAACUCCUCCAUUGUUGAUAAUGAAUCGGCCAUUGAGAUUAUGUCUUACAUGCCUCCGAGGCUACAAUUGAUAACUCCAACAUUAGCAUUCAAAUUAAGCCAGGACGGCGCAAGUUUCACACAUUUCUGGAGCAAGGUUGAUUCGUGCGAGCAGUCGAUACUCAUAAUCAAAACAACUAAAGGAGAAGUAUUCGGAGCAUAUUUGAGCUCAUCUUGGGCGGAGCGUCACGAUCGAAAAGAGCGAUCUCGUUCAAAGUAUUGGGGGACAGGCGAAUCAUACGUCUUCCGAAUGAACUUUGAUUUGAAUCUUCCGGAAGUGUUCCUUUGGGUUGGUGCGGUUGGAGAUGCUAGCAGUGAUAAAAACCUGCAAUACUUUAUGACCGCAACUGAUAGAUCGCUUGUGAUUGGAUCUGGAGGAGGUGAUGCUAUUAGAAUCAGCGAAGAGCUCACGCAUGGAAUGAGCACCGGUUGUCAGACAUUCAACAGUCCACCACUUUGUAAAGCAGAAGCCUUCGAUAUUUAUGAGCUGGAAGUUUUUGAUGUUCCAUCCAGUGAUUGA